AUGAACAUAGGUCGGCCGGUAAAAACGGACACUACAACUAGUCUGGUUUCAAUUGGAAAGUUUGCAAGGGUCUGUGUCGAAUUAGACCUUUCAAGGCCUUUACUGUCCAAGUUCACAUUAGAAGGCGAAAUAGUUCCUAUCGAGUACGAAGGAAUUCAGAUGGUAUGCUUCAAAUGCGGCAUGUAUGGCCAUAAGAAAGAUCAAUGCGGGAGUCAAAACCUAAACGAAGAAGGUAAAGGGGCGGAGGCACAAACAGACCAAGAGCAGAAUGAUAUAACCCAAACAAAAGGCAAAGAACAGCCCAAGUAUCAAUAUACAAAGCCGGUAAGGGACUUUAGUAAGAACUUCGGGGAGUGGAUGCUAGUCGCCAAGAAGGAAAGAAAGGGAUAUCGCAGGGACGGAGCUCGUGCUCCGAACACGGGCAACAGAAACCAUGUUCAACCACAGGCUGCUGGGGCAGGAGGUCCUCAAUUUCAAUCUCGGUAUGCUGCAUUAGAAGAUCUGGAUAACAAUGGAAAUGAGCUCCAACUGGAAGACAGGACCACCACACCAAUGAUCCAGAAUGUGCAACAGUCACUCCCGAAUAUUCGUACCAAUCAAGAUCAGUACCGGCAGAGAAGGCAAAGCGAGAAUCUCCACCAAACAGAGAUGCAGACGUACACGAAAGGAAGGGCAGUCGGUGGAGUCCAAUUAAACACCGGGGGCAGAGGAAAUGCCAGGAAUAGAGGCGGAAGAAGGGCUCAACCAAGAAGGGCUGCAGCAGAAUCCGAACACACAGUGGAUGCUGCCUCUAAUGAGUUCCGGCGCACCCUGAAGAAAUUUUGUCGGGAUCAUACACCCGACGUUGUUUGUUUGAUUGAGCCAAAAGUAUUAGGCUCACACGCUAACUCUAUAUGUAAAAAGUUGGGUUUUGAUGAAUGGGUCCGAGUAGAAGCUGUAGGGUUUUCUGGGGGAAUUUGGAUACUCUGGAAGGCCUCAUUAAAAAUAGAAAUCAUAAAUACUCACCCACAAUUUAUUAACUUGCAGGUUCAGGAAGGUCUGUUAUCACAAUGGACGUUUACAGUGGUGUAUGGCAGCCCAAACAAAUCACUAAGAAGGAGGUUGUUUGCCGAUCUAUCCUCAGAUAAUAUGAGAACACAGCAAUGUUGGUUAAUUUGUGGUGACUUCAAUGCGGUUACAAGUAGGGAAGAAGUGAGCAACCCAGGCUGUUUCAACAAUACUAGAAGUGUCGAUUUCGUGGAAUGGAUUUUUAGAGAAGGGCUAGUGGAUCUUGGUUUCGAGGGUCCUAAAUUUACCUGGAGGCGGGGAGAAAACACAUCACAUUACAAAGCGGCGAGACUUGACAGAGCAUUUGGAAACGAGGACUGGAAAUUGAGUUUCCCAAAUACGAAGAUAGAGCACCUCCCGAUCAUCAAUUCUGAUCAUGCACCUUUGCUUAUAACAACUAACCCCAUUGUGACUUUUGAUGGGAAUAGGAAGUUCUGA